AUGGUGAAAAAAUCCUUUGCGAUGACUUGGACAAGUGUUAACGAUCGUGCCAAAGAAGAAGAAAAUGACAUUAUUAAAAAUGAUCUGUUGCAGAGUGAGAAGAUGCUUCAAAGGAGAGGCAGGCAGAUGAGCAAUCAGGCAGAGAAACAAAAACUAAGCUGUUGGUGGCCAGAUUACCAGCCACUCUUUCGAUUUGGCAUUCCAUUCAUUAGUUACGCUGGUUUCCAUUUCACAUUUUGUGAGCUCAUUCAAAUUGAAGCAUACGUGUUUGUUGAGGCGACGUGGGGAGACAAAAACAAAACAAUCGGAUAUCAAAUCAUAGAUCACAAUUAUAGUUACAAAUGA